AUUACACUAUGACGUGUAGUUAAUCUGGCAAUCAUGUGUUUAUGACGGUCUGUGGGUGUAUUGAUUACAACAACACACUGCUUGUCCGUGGUGGUCUCCACAACGCUGUCUGUUGAAGUCAUCAAUCUCGUCUACGACAUUCGUAUCAUCUCGUCUAUAAACAUUCGUAUCACCUCGUCUACGACAUUCGUUUCAACUGGUCUACGACUUUCCUUUCACCUGGUCUCACGGAUAUUCUGACCACGGCAUAACUACAUUUAUUGAUCCGAUGAAGAACAAACUAGAAGACGGGGAUUAUGUUUCCAGUGGAAAGGUUACAGAUAAUUAAAUCGUGUUGACUUUUGUCAGCUAAAUGAAGAAUUGGAUUUUACCUGUUUCUGUGCGAAGCAACGAGUACAAGAAAUAAGUCUCUCAUAAGACAUGUUACUGAAAAACAAUUUAAGCAGAUAACGAGCAAUAGAAAAUUCUGCUGUUAACACAGUGUAAGAUCAACAGAGGUUAUCGUGUUUGGAUUAACGUGCUUACAAGCGUGAAAAGACGUCAAGUCAUGAAUACUCUAUUGUUAUAGGCUGUUACCAUCAUAUCAUUACAGUUAAAACUCUCCUUUAAUUAAAGCAAACUGCUGGCAAAUUCUUUUGAUUUACAAGAAAAAAUCCCAAACAUACCCAAAAAUUGUACAACGAUAACUUCGCGUAGAGUUCAAAACGGUUGAUGGGAUUGGUUGUGAACACAAUACUGCAUUACGGGGAAUUCAUAACUUAGCUAUCAAUAUUAUAACUCACCGGUGGAGAUAUGGGUAAAUUAACUGUAUUUGAAAUAGUACUGAGUAAUCAACAAUGUGUAUAUUACCCGGGACAAAUGCUUCAAGGUCAUGUGAUUGUGGAAUUGUCAGAAGAAAUGAAAAUGAGAGGAAUACGACUCCAGUUUUACGGUGGGUCCCAGGUUCACUGGACAGAGCGACAUUCCACGGGUUCCGGCAAGAACAGACGAACAACCACACGACAUUACAGCGCUUCAGAACAGUACUUCAACAGCGUCCUCGUCCUCUUUGGAAAAGCUGAAGGUCAAAGUGGGGACAACCCAGUGCUACCUGCAGGCAGAUACAGCUACCAGUUCAACUUCCAGUUACCUUGUGACAUACCAUCAUCUUUCGAGGGUUCUGUCGGCCGUGUGCGCUACUGGCUGAGCUGCGUCAUAGACAAACCCUGGAAGUUUGACCACAACACGAAGAAGGCGUUUACGGUCAUAAACCUGCUGGAUUUAAACACAGAACCAACCGCUGUUCAAGGAGCCCAAGGGUCAGGAUCUAAGACUCUGUGCUGUCUUUGUUGCAAAUCUGGACCAAUCACCUGCAAGUUCACUCUCGAUAAGUUGGGAUAUGUUCCAGGGGAGAUCAUUCCUGUGAGAGGGGAGAUAAUUAACCACAGUAAUCGAAGAAUGGCAAAAUCAUAUGCAGAAUUUAUAAUGGUGACAAAAUACCACGCCACAAAGAAGACAAAGACGACGAGUCAAGUGGUGGCUCGACUUGAGCGCGGGGAGGUGGAUCCCGGAGACACAGACGUCUGGCCCGACAGUCCAAUCCCGAUACCACCAUGUCCGCCAUCGAAACUGCCCGGAUGCAGAAUCAUCGAAAUUGAUUAUUAUGUAAAGCUAUGUGUUGACCCUGCUGGCCCGGCGUUUGAUCUAGAAGUCCCGUUAAACGUGAUUAUUGGGUCAAUCCCUCUGCAGUGCACAGUUCAGCAGUACGGCAUGCCUUCUGCUCCUGCAUCCAGUGAAAUGUAUCAAGCGACGGCAGCUGGGGAUGCGCCAGCUUUAGCUCAUCCAGACAUGCCACCACCAACAUAUGCUGAAUGUGCAUUUGGCAAAGUGAAUAUCAAAGACGACGAAGAUUCGGAAUACACUAGAGGAAACUUGGAAUACGCUCCCAAGUAUACAUACUACAACUGGGGAAACGAGCCACAGCCGUACGUGCCUUCUGUCACCGACUGAAUGAGGGCAAACGUGUCAUGUCCAAUUCUUACAUACCAGCUGGAGCAACACCGUCAGAUAUGUGCUGAUGCACGGUUAUAUACAACAUAUGCCGGAGAUCGAUUUUAAAGAGUUCUUAUCGGCUGUGAUGAUGAAUUUGUUAAAUUCAAAUCACCCACUGAAAUUAUCAGAACUGAUGUCAAUAUGUACUAUAGGCGCACGUAAAUAAAUAAACUAUCUAAACUGAACUGCCAUAAAUAAUUGGAAAAUAUUUUUAAUUAAAAAUUAUUAUUUUUUUUAGUUUUUUUGGUUACAGAGAUAAAAUACUAUACCUUGGUCCGUUGGAUAUAUAAUACAUAAUAGAAUGUAGGGUUACAACCAGGGGCAGAUGCAGAAUGUUUAAAAGGGUGGGGUUCAAAACUUAUAAAAAGGGAAACUUUUGAAAUAUAGAUGCCUAGAGACAUUUUGAAGGCAAUAUAGUAUUGUUUUGAUACUGUUCUGUUUGGAACAUUUUGUGUAAAUAUUUGUCAAUUAUAUAAUAUGAUUUAAAGGGAAGUUUAACACAAUAGGUUAGAAAACUUUAAUUGGCUGUGACAUCGCCCUUGACGAAGCCAGGUGUGGGAUUGUGGACGGUUUGGUCAUAUUUGCAGUUACAAAUGACAAUAAAAAAGGUUUUGCAACCUGAUUGCAGUUAUAAAACAUAAACAGGAGUAAAAAAAUAUUUUUUUCAGGAUUACUAGCUAAGGAUUCGUAUACAAUGAUUUUGGGGGAUUUUUUUUUUUAAUUAUAUGAUUUAUAUAUUUUUUAAUUCCACAUUGUUCUAAAAUACAUCUUAUCGGUCCUAACUUUUCACACACCAACCUUUCUAUUUCCAGCAAGCCAAUUUUUAUUUCUUAGCACACACAUACAUAUAUUUGUUUUGGUUUGCUAUUUUAAAAAAUAUAAAAUAAUAAAGAAAAUAAUAUUUUAUAUUUUACUUCCUUAUUUUAAGCUCUGCCUUUGUCAGAUUUGAUAUUAAACUUCUUUCUUGUUUUCAAUGAACAAAUUAUAAUUAGUAGAGCAGCAGAGACCACCAAGUUCAACAUAGGUUGAGAUAUAUCAAACCGUUUGUCUUGGGGUCAGGAUUCAGCCCCCCACCUCCCCACCCUUCAGUUCCCAUAUCUAAUUUGCAAGAAACAAAGUGAAGGUAAAAAUAAAAAAUAAAAAUUAAUAAUUUAUUAAUCGAAUAGUUGAUAAGUCUCCCCCCACUCCCCCUCCAAAGAAGAAAAAAAACUUCAUUAUUAUAAUUUACGAAACUAAUAAGUCGUCAAUAAACUUCUACUUUCAAAAACUAUUUUCCGAUUAAAUUCUCAAUAUAAAGGCAUAAAUGUAACACACUCAGUCUAGGUAUUGUGUUUCUUUGUGAACUUGUUCUACCAAGUCUGUAUAUUAGAUGCCAUAUUCCUCUAUUUGUAACGGGCAUUUCGGGUUAUUUUCUAUCUAGUUAUCAACAUGUAACAAAGAUGUGUUAAUAAAUAUACAAGGUAAUAACA